AUGGGCCAGGGCGGCCAGGGCCUCGCGCCCAGCCUGCGCGUCGUUUUGCUGCUGCUUCUCGCGAGCGUCGCUGUCACAUUCCACACCCCGAUCCCUCGAAGACCACCGACCACCUUACGCGCCAAAGGCUUCGCCUCCACGUCGACGAAAAAGAAGGCGAAGAAGGCGAAGAAGAAACCCCCACCGACGCCGUCCCUCGACCUGCCGUCCCUCGACAGCUGGGGCCUGCCGCCGCCCGAGCCCUACGACGAGGACCGGCCCGUGCCCUGCCAGAAGCGGUCCCUCGACGCGCCGACGUCCGUCGCGGCCGCGGGCGACGCGCUCGCCGCGCGGCGCGUGCACCCCGUCGACCUCGGCGACGACCGGCUCGAGGUGCUCCACCUCGACCCGCCGGUCUACCGCGUGCGCGGCCUGCUGUCCCCCGAGGAGUGCGGCGACCUCAUCGCCCUCACGGCCACGGGCCGCUGCCGCGAGAUGGCCAAGGACGCGGGCACGUUCUCGAGCGGCGAGGCGGCGCGGCGGACGUCGACGACGUGGUACGCGCGCUUCCGCGAGGCCGCCGUCGCGCCGCUCAUCGCCCGGGCGUCGAAUCUCUUCGCCGGCGUGUCGCCGGACCACUUCGAGGAGCUCCAGAUCGCGCGGUACCUGCCGGGCGAGCAGUUCGAGUGGCACGAGGACGCCGUGCCCCCGCCGCUCCUGGGCGGGGACGACGGCGGCCAGCGCCUCGCGACGCUUCUGGUCUACCUGACGGGCGACGGCGGCGACGCCUCCGGCGGCGCGACGUGCUUCCGGGACCUGGGGCCGGCGCCGCCGCUCGCGGUAAAACCGGUCGCGGGCGACGCGCUCCUCUUCUUCCCCGCGUUCUUCCCGUCGGCGACGCCCGACGGCCGCACGGUCCACCGCGCGGCGCCGGCCGUGGCCGAGAAGUGGGUCUCCCAGCUCUGGCUCCACGAGGCGACCUACCCGACGGUCAUCCUCGACGACAACCCGAGGCCUGCAACAACCGCGCUCAGCGCGGGCGUCGCCGCCUUCCAGAACGCCCCGCAAACGAAAGGGGCCCUCAAGAGCCUCCGCGCCGCGUGGCUUGAAGAGCAGCAGUCCGUCACUGGGUCCGACGGCAAGUACGGCCAGUCGGGCACCGAGGCCGAGGUCGCCGCGCAGGCGGCCCUCGACGCGAUCCGCGCCGACGGCCGCCUCGCGCUCGACGCGGAGGCCGAGCAGGCCGCGUGGGAGGCCGCGUGGAUCGCGGCCACGGUCGCCAACCUCGAGCGCAUGAAGAACGAGAAGGACUUCGCGGCCCAGGCCGUCGAGGUCAAGGGCUACGUGCCGCCGCUCGGCGGCAAGGGCAAGGACCGCGACUUCAAGUCCAUGGGCGCCUCGUCCGGCCCCGACUGGCUCUCCGGCUCGGCCGCCCCCGCGGCCGCCGCCCCCGCGGCCGCGGUCGCGUCCCCGGCGGCCUCCACGGGCAACAUGGACCACUUCGCGUCCACGGCGGGCUCGUUCAAGGGCAAGGACCGCGACUUCAAGUCCAUGGGCGCCGCUUCCGGCCCCAGCUGGCUCUCCGGCUCGGCCGCCCCCGCGGCCGCGGUCGCGUCCCCGGCGGCCUCCACGGGCAACAUGGACCACUUCGCGUCCACGGCGGGCUCGUUCAAGGGCAAGGACCGCGACUUCAAGUCCAUGGGCGCCUCGUCUGGCCCCGACUGGCUCUCCGGCUCGGCCGCCCCCGCGGCCGCCGCCCCCGCGGCCGCGGUCGCGUCCCCGGCGGCCUCCACGGGCAACAUGGACCACUUCGCGUCCACGGCGGGCUCGUUCAAGGGCAAGGACCGCGACUUCAAGUCCAUGGGCGCCUCGUCUGGCCCCGACUGGCUCUCCGGCUCGGCCGCCCCCGCGGCCGCCGCCCCCGCGGCCGCGGUUGCGUCCCCGGCGGCCUCCACGGGCAACAUGGACCACUUCGCGUCCACGGCGGGCUCGUUCAAGGGCAAGGACCGCGACUUCAAGUCCAUGGGCGCCUCGUCCGGCCCCGACUGGCUCUCCGGCUCGGCCGCCCCCGCGGCCGCCGCCCCUUCGGCCGCGGUCGCCCCUGCGGCGGCCCCCGCGGCCGCGGCCGCUCCCGCUGGCGGCUCGAUGGAUCACUUCGCGUCGACGGCGGGCGCCUUCGUCGGCAAGGACCGCGACUGGAGUUCGUCCGCGCCGGCUUCGUCCGCUCCUGCGGCGACGCAGUCGCUCGCGUCCGCCGCCUGGGGCGACUCCUCCUCCGCCUCGGGAGCGGGCGCGCUGGCCUGGCUCAAAAAAACGGUCGGCCGCAAAGACGGCGCCAAAGCCAAGGGCGGCGCUUCGACGCCGUCCUGGCUCUCGGUGUAG